AUGGCCGCCAGCCCCAGCAACUCACGGAGGAAGGAGGAGGAUGAGACCAUGGAUCUCACCCUCCGCCUGGGAAUGCCAAACCAGGCUGAACCGGCGGAGGAGAAUAAGCCCGACGAGACGUCGACCACCGCCGCCGAUCAGCCACCGUCACCGCCGCCGCCGCCGCCGCCGAUUAUCUACAGUUUUUUCAAUAAAGAGCAAGGGCAUACACCGGCGUCCGCCUCCGGGAACGACAAUUUCGGCCAGCAGUUCUGGCAACCGCACGGAGGGGCGGUUGCAGUUGCCGGUGGAGUCGCCAUCGGGCCGGCGGCGGCAAUAAUACCUGUGGUGGCGGUGCCGUUCCCGCAGGGGUUCGUCCCCGUCUACAGGAGCCCCCGCAAGCGGCCGAAUUCUGGCGGCGAGGCCGGAAAUGAGAAACGCGUCUGCGGGAAUUGUGGAACUCGCAGAACCCCGUUGUGGCGGAGCGGUCCGGAAGGACAGACGUCGGGCACCGGUGCUGAUAAGCCACCGCCGCCGUCGACGUCGCCGCCGCCGAUGUCGUCGCCGUCGCCGUCGCCGUCGCCGCCGAUUAUGUACAACUUUUUCAGUAAAGAGCAAGGGCAUCCACCGGCGUCCGCCUCCGGGAACGGCAACUUCCACCAACAGUUCUGGCAGUUGGCGGAGGAGUCGCUGUCGGGCCGGCAGCGAUAA